UUUUUAGCAGAAUUCGAAUAUUUUACUAGCCGAGUUGCAGCUCACGAAAUGUUCUGUUCAUUUACAGCCCUGCGAAUGACAAACGAAACCCAAAUCUGAACCAAUUUCAUCGUUGAAUUAAGUUAACACUCGUAGCAUAUUUGCACACAAGCUACAAGAGAUGACGACGGUGUUAGCGCCGGGACUAUCAAGGAAGCUGAAGAAAGUGCUGGAAACUCGCACUGACACGCCGGAUCUACUUGCGUCUCUCAACACUCUCUCCUCCUUUUACACCGACAAUUCUCCCGUCGCUCGCCGAAAUCUCCGAUCUACUAUCGAAAAUCGUGCUCUCGAUAUCAAUCGUGACUUCCUCCUCGCCUCCUCCACCGCUCAACAGGCUUUGGACCGGGUGGAGGAAGAGAUUAAUGCUAUUACCGAGUGUUGUGAUAAUAUUUCAAAGGCUUUAAGCAGUUGUAAUGCGACAACUGGAGAUAUUAUUAGCACCACUGAAAGGCUCAAACAUGACCUUGAAAUCACUACGCAGAGGCAAGAGAUCGUGGAAAGCUUUCUACGUGAUUAUCAGCUUUCCAGCGAGGAGAUAAAUGCACUAAGGGAAGAAGAGUUAACCGAGAAUUUUUUUAAGGCGCUUUCUCAUGUCCAAGAGAUCCAUGCGAACUGCAAAGUACUGCUCAGAACACAUCACCAGCGUGCAGGUUUGGAGCUUAUGGAUAUGAUGGCAGUGCACCAAGAAGGAGCCUAUGAACGUCUUUGCAGGUGGGUUCAGAAUGAAUGUCGGAGAUUGGGUGACACUGACAAUCCUGAAGUUGGCGACCUUUUGAAAAAUGCUGUCCGUUGCCUCAAAGAGAGGCCUGUGCUUUUCAAAUAUUGUGCGGAAGAGGUAGCAAAUAUGAGACACAAUGCAUUGUUCAGAAGAUUUAUAAGUGCCCUUACACGUGGAGGACCUGGCGGAAUGCCCAGGCCAAUCGAAGUGCAUGCUCAUGAUCCCUUAAGAUAUGUAGGCGACAUGCUUGGUUGGCUUCAUCAGGCCUUGGCAUCAGAAAGAGAAUUAGUCUUUGUAUUGCUGGAUCCUGAUGCAGUAGUUGAUACUGGACCAACUGCAAGGCGAUUUUCUACCAAGUCAGACUCUGAGUCAGGAAAGACAGAACUUGAUUUGACAUUCGUACUAGACAGGAUAUUUGAAGGAGUUUGUCGGCCUUUUAAAGUGAGAGUUGAACAAGUUCUUCAGUCUCAGCCAAAUCUUAUAAUUUCGUAUAAACUCAGUAAUACACUGGAGUUCUACAGCUAUACUAUAUCUGACCUACUAGGUAGAGAGACAGCUCUGUGUGAUACUGUAUGGGCACUCAAGGAUGCUGCACAAAAAACAUAUUUUGACAUACUAAAAACUCGAGGAGAGAAACUUAUCAGAUACCCUCCCCUAGUUUCUGUUGAUCUUUCUCCACCACCUGCAGUUAGGGAAGGUGUAUCUAUUUUGCUUGAAAUAAUUGAAAUACAUGACAGCAUGAUGGUUCCUGCAUCAGCAACGAAACCUGACUUCGAUCCAGUAAUAUCUGCUUUGCUGGAUCCUAUUAUUAAGAUGUGUGAGCAAGCGGCCGAGGCACACAAAUCCAAGGGUUCCAUUCAGUCAUCAAGACGAAGUAAAACAAGUGCUGAUCAGGGUCAAUUCAGUAAAUCUUCUGUUGAUGCAAUGUUGGUACAUAGUAGAUCUGCCCAUUCAUACCAGACCACGGAAACACCUUCCAAGAUCUUCCUCAUCAACUGCUUAUGUGCCAUCCAACAGCCAUUGUUAAGACACGAUAUUGCAUCCAAAUACGCAAUGAAGCUUGGAGGGAUGAUAGAUAAUCACCUGCGUGAUCUUGUAGGAAAAGAAGUUGAUGCCAUUUUAAGUAGAUGUGGUUUGUCAGAGAAGAUGCUUCGCAUUCGUAAUUCUUUAAAAUCCGAGUCAUUGCCAUUGGCCGAGACAGAGGAGACAUCGCCUGCCUAUGUUUCAGAGUCCUUGAAAGCUUUCUUUGGGCUCGUUUUGGGAAGCGAAACUUCGUUACCAGAAUUUGAACAAAUGCAAGUUCCAAAGCUGAGAUCAGAAGCUUGUGUCCAGUUGGCCAAAUUGCUGGCUGAAGCUUACGAGCUUGUUUACGAGGCAAUCAUGGAUCCCAAGAAUCGAUACCCAGAACCCAAGUCACUGGCGAGGCAUCCUCCUGACCAGAUAAGGACCAUUUUAGGAAUAUGAAUGUGCUGAACAAAAUGUAUUAUUUUUCAAGGACGGUUGUAGAAGCAGGAUACUAAUUGUGUGUAUUUGGUCCGUCAAGACGCAGAAUGGUACAGUAAACUAUAGAAGCCUGAAAUUAUGUCAUCUGAAUUUUUAUUCAAGGAUAAAACACCAAAAAGAUCACAUUGAAGAAGAAUGUUUCGGAUGGUCAGGUUGCUUUACUGUGUAUAAUGGAGGGCACCUUUUUAAUAUUUGUGGAACAUGUUUCAUCUUUGGUUUUGAGUUGA